AUUCUACACAACGGCCAUAUGUAGCUGGUGGGGCACACAUUGAGGAAAAAAAGUGCGUUGCCCGUUUAAAUCUCCAUCCCGACGACUUUACAGUGGUUCGACAAUCCGUAGAGGUUCAGAGAUCUCAAAUUAAACGGAGACGACGCGACCACGAGACGUAACAGCUGACACAGUUUGACUAAAGCCUCAACAUGCCUGUGGCGUUGACUGGCACCGAGCGUGUGGUACCCCCCCAGGUCCUGGAUACCCUGAGUAUCCACCACCGCCAAUGACCUGGACCUCAUCUUCCUCAAGGGCAUCAUAGACAGCCCCGUGGAACCAGAGAGUCUGGAAAAGACCAGAUUGGUGGCAGUGAGGGACAACAACGUAGAGCUGGUCGAGGAGAUCCUCAGAGAGCUGAGUCCCUUCACACACCAAAGCAACACUGCAGCAGAGCUCACGCGCAUCCUCAUCGACCCCCACUUUCAGUCUCUGCUGGAGACCCAUGACUCGGUGGCAACCAGCCCGUGCCCCCAGAUACUGUCCGGAUGGUGGGCAUCCGCAAAGUAGCUGGUGAACACCUGGGCGUGACUUUCCGUGUGGAGGCGGGGGAGCUGGUGAUUGCCAGGAUCCUCCACGGAGGGAUGAUCGACCAGCAGGGUCUCCUCCACGCGGGUGACAUCAUCAAGGAGGUGAACGGGAAGGAGGUGGUUGAGGACCCGAGGGUGCUGCAGGAGAUGCUGCAAGAUGCCAGUGGCAGCGUGGUGCUCAAGAUCCUCCCCAGCUAUCAGGAGGGCCACGAGCCAGGACAGGUGUUUGUGAAGUGUCACUAUGACUAUGACCCGGCCAAUGACAACUUGAUCCCGUGUAAAGAGGCGGGGCUUAAGUUCUACACCGGUGACAUCCUGCAGAUCGUCAAUCAGGAUGACCUCAACUGGUGGCAGGCUCGUCGUUGUGUGGAGGGAGGCAGUGCUGGGCUGAUCCCCAGUCAGCUGCUGGAGGAGAAGAGAAAAGCCUUUGUCAAGAGAGACGUGGAGCUAGCCCCCCCAGGAAACCUUUGUACUGGAGUGGCGGGAAAGAACAAGAAGAAAAAGAUGAUGUAUCUAACCACUAAGAAUGCAGAGUUUGACAGGCAUGAGUUACUGAUCUAUGAGGAUGUUGCCAAGGUGCCUCCGUUCCGCAGGAAGACGUUGGUUCUGAUUGGUGCUUUGGGAGUGGGCCGACGCAGCCUGAAGAACAAACUGCUGCUGUCUGACCCACAGCACUACGGCACCACCUUCCCCCACACCUCCAGAAAGCCAAAGUUAGGGGAGCGGGAUGGCCAGAUGUAUGCCUUCACCUCGCGGAGCAAGAUGGAGGCAGACAUCAAGAACGGUCGCUACCUGGAGCAUGGCGAGUACGACGGCAAUCUCUACGGCACCAAGAUGGACUCCAUCCAUGAGGUGGUGGAGGCCGGUCGCAUCUGUGUACUGGACGCCAAUCCUCAGGCCUUGAAGGUACUGUGGACGUCUGAGUUCCUGCCUUACGUGGUGUUCAUCGAGGCCCCUGAUUUUGAGGUCCUCAAGGCCAUGAACCAGUCGGCCAUCGAGACUGGAGUCGUCACCAAGCAGCUGACGGUGCGCACUAGGGACUCAGAGCUAAAGAGAACAGUGGACGAGAGCCCCCGUAUCCAGACGGCAUACGGACACUACUUUGACCUCACCAUCGUCAACGACAACCUGGACGAGAGCUACAGGAACCUGAAGGCAGCUCUGGAGAAGGUCUCUGCUACCCAGCAUUGGGUCCCAGUCACUUGGGUCUUCUAGUGAGAGACAGAAGGACAAGAGGCUGGUUCAUCAUCACAGUGACCUCUGGACCUCUGACCUUUGGACCCCAUACAUAAGACUGAACUGACAGCAUUCUUUUUGCUGUGUACAUAUUGCUUUUGGAAAUUUGUCGACAAAACGUCAAGGAUUUUCUUGUUUGGACAUUAUGUGAUUCUGGUGUGUGUGUGUGCAUGUGUGUGUGCAUGUGUGUGUGUCUGUGUGUGCGUGCAUUCGUGUGGUUGCAGAGUGUCUUAACCAUAAUCAUGUUCGCUACAUUGAUUCUUUAGGUCAGCAGUAGUUUGUCUAUGUUUACAUGAAUCAUUAAAUGGACAUUCAGAAUACACACACACACACACACACACACACACACACACACACACACACACACACACACAGACUCAAAGGGAGCCAGCUGUCUUAUUCCCCAAAUUCUAUUUUUAUUACCAAAUUCUAUUUUUUGUACGGCGAGUUCAAGUUGAAACCCUUUUUGACACCUACUGUUGAGUAUUUCUUUUUUCUAUCAUUUCAAAAACGCAAGACGCUGAGGUGUGAACAUAAAACAUUCAAAUAAUUUGAAGAGAGCAUGUAGAUACACAGAGAGAUGUGUAUGACAGAUAGACUGUAAGUACCACCUUUAUUUAUGUGACCACACGGGCACUUUUUAUAUUUGUUUUUGAUGUGUCAAAAGCCUUCUUUCUAUUUUAUAAAAAAAAAAAAAUACUAUUUCCACCCAGGUCUGCUGUACAGUACAGUACACACCAAUUUGACAAAUAAACGUCUCCAGAUUUUUACACGAUGGGUUGCUUGAUGUUGGUUACAAGGAAGGCCUUCUGGAGCCAUUCAUCAGGCCUUCUGGGUAACCAACAGCAAGGAACCCAUCAAGUAAAACUCUGGAGCCGUUUUACUUGUUCAACUGGGCAGACCUCUUUAUUACACUUUCGCAACAGAGGACCUUGUGAUGCAGUAGUACAGGAUGCGUGGUCUAUUGGGUCAGUUGAAAUUGAUGCACCCCAGGCUUUGGGAAAUUUGGUGAUAAUUCGUUUGGGAAAGAGAAAGCUAAAGGCACUAGACACGAAACAGAAGAAAACAGACUGAGGAUGUACUACUUCUCCAAUAGGAUACGCUUGUUUUUUUGUUUUCUGUUGCGAAACAUUUAGCUAUAAUGUGCCCUAAUAAAUAUGACCCUGGAAACUCCAGAGGAAUGACACACGACACACAACAAUGACAAGUUUGUGUACUCCCGAUGAGUGUAAGGUCAUGGGCUCUUAUUUUUAGUAUGGUUUCUACAUUCCAUGAUGCUCACAUGUAUCCAUGGCAUUUUCAAACACCAAGAAUAUGAGUUUGGAGAUUUCAAUUAGAUGAAUUCAUGAUUGAACAAUUUCAAGAUGCCUCUGUAUUUGACUGUGUAUCAGUCACAGUUUCUAGAUGUACUGUAAAUGACAGACUGUGAAUGUAGAUAGAGAAUAGACUAGAGGCAAACGCUAACUACAGUAACAGUGUAUUGUUUAAAGGAAAAUGAACUAUGCAUUUGAUGAUGCACACAAUUAAAUGCUUAAAAU